ACUUUGUUUUGACAUCCCUCCGUCAACAACAACACACCACCAUCUCGAACAACGCGACACCUCCCACCUAUUUGAAGGCCAAUCUCAGCGGCUUCUCCAAUGUCCGAUAUGACCCCUUACACUUCUGGGUGGAAGGCACUCAAGAAAAGCGAGCUUAUCGGCUUGGCGGAUAAGUUAGGUAUACCUGCCGACACUGCUAGUUUAAAGAAACCCGAGAUUAUUGGGAGCAUACAAAGGUUUCUUGAUGAGAAUGAAGGGACCCUCAGCGAGAUUCCCAAGUUCAAAGCUCUGUAUCCAAGGAGGGUGUCCUCGAAUCGUCGAGGAAGCCUGCUUCCUAACCAGACUGAAGAAUCGUCUGAGACUCCAGAUCCCCCGGCCCCUGUGGCACCAGCGAGUCGCAGGGGAGCCGGCAGGUUUCCCCCUAGAGCAUCUUCGUCGACUGAAUCAGCAGAAGGGAGCAAAGCUGUUGCACAUGCUCUCAGCACUCCGUCGCGUAUUCCUUUACCCCCAUCCCCCAUCAAAUUGAUCCAGGACUUUUCGGCGAAGGUGCGUCCCGAAAUCGACGCAGUUGUUGCGAAUGCGGCUCGCGCCAAGGAUCAACUUGGAGUUGAAACCAAUAGGAUCCUUGCUAAAACCAAGAUGUUCCUAUCCGACUCCGCAAAUCUGACGAGUAUCACUGUUUUAUGGGAGCUAUUUUUCCUUGUUAUGGCGUUUACACCUGUCGAGUACACCCCGUUCCAACUGCCCCCUUCAAUUUCGAAGUGGAGUCUCCCGACGCUCAUCAUCCCCCAAGCUACCGGAAAACUGGUCGCUUUUUCCGACAGGCGGGACAUUGACCCCUUGACAUCUAGCAUUGCGCGACUCGUCUGCGUGCUUUCACUACCCUGGGUGGUUGCUGAGGAGUUAUUAAGCUUAAACACUCGCAUACUCGCUGCUUCUACGGCGCUGGCAUUUGCUGUGGCAGAAGCCUUGAACGAUCGAAAGGAUCGAGCAGAGAUUGCUAGCUCGCUUGUGAAGCACGGCUGAGAGCCCGGAUAAUGAGGGGUUUUUUUUUGCAGGACAAAGAACAUGACGUAUUUAUUGGAUUUAUUCUUAUUCUUCCUCUGUGGUUCUACUUGAUCGUAUGAGAAAGACGCACCGUAAUUCUCGGCCAUUCAUUUGGAGGAAUUCUGACCCAUGAUCUACAUGAUUUCUUUCCGUACAUUGUCCACCGUACGAACGAAUUCCCUGACUCGCCGUUUGUGUCCUAGCAUUGUAUAUUGGGCGGAUGUCAACGUUCAUGUCACGCUAUGUUGUAUGGUUCUUUCCGUGGAUUCUGCUAUGUAUCUUUCAUUUUCCUGUCACGUCCCGCAGUUGUUCUUUACCCAAUCG